UUUGUGUUUAUUUGAAGGACUAAAGUUGGGUUGGCCAAACCUAAAAAAAGGAUCGCACCAAAGAUGUUUGAACAGUUAUCUCUUCGGCCCAUGUCGUUACUCGAAUAGGUGAUUCAACCCGUUUUUCAAGACUUCCCAAUCCAAGAGAUCCCUAUUCAUCUCAUGCGCGAUCUCUCGCUGCUUCUUCCCGGAUCGAUCGCAGGUGAUCAAGGCACAGCUGCUUUUGAGUUUGUCAUUUAUAUUGCCGGUUGGAUCUUUCAGAUGUCGUCUAAGAAAGAUCAGGGGAGUUACUUUAUUUGGUCAAAUGAAACUGUUGGAAUUUUUAAUGAAAUAUGCAUCCAGUUCAUUCUUAUGAGAGGGAGGGGACAACAAUUUAGGUGGAAGCAAAUACAAGCUUUAUUUGAGGAGAGAACAAAAAGAAAGUGUUCUUCAAAAAGCUUGAAAAACAAGUUUGACUUUAUGAAAAAAGAUUGGCGAUUGUGGAAAUUAUUGAAACGUGAUGAGAUCGGAUUGAGUUGGAAUGCAGCCAUUGGGACGCUGGAUUGUUCUGAUGAAUGGUGGAAUAAGAAAAUCAAGGAAAAGACGGAACUAAAGAAGUUCAAGCAUAAAGGAAUUCCAAAGAACAUUGAAGAGCAAUGGGAUCAAAUAUUUGGAGACUCAAUAGCAACUGGAGUAGAAUGUGUGGCUCCAAGUGCUACAAUGGAGGAGAAUGACAAUCAAGAAAAUCAUCAAGAAACUGUCCAUGAUAAUGCCGAUGAUUAUGAGGUGUACAAGAGUUGUAGUGCCCAACUAGAUGAGGGUAAUUUAUUUCAAAAUUUUGUGCAUGAGGCUAGUGCAAAUGGUCAUUCUAUUCCUACAUCUACGACUGCUGAAGAUGCGGGGACCAAUGUCAUUAGUAAGAAGCGCAAACUAAGGCAGUCUAAGGAGUUGGUUAAACUUAGUGAAAUUUUAGAGAAGGGAAAUACAUGUCUUCAAGCAAUUGAGCGUGUAUUGGCAAAAAAGGAGAAGGUUGUUGAUGAUUGUGCAAGUGUAGGUCAUGUCAUGGAAAUAAUGACCAGAAUGGCUGAUAAUGGUGGGCUGGUGAGGAGUGGGAACUUAUGGUUUCAUAGCAUUUGUGUUCUCGAUAGUCCAAGUAGAAGACAAUUCUUUAUCCACUUUAAAGAUGAUGACGAAAGGCUCAACUGGCUGAAAUUUAUGCAGGCAAAAGAAAUGUUUUGAAUAGGGAAAACUGUCAAAUAGGUCCUCGAAUUUUCAUAAAAAGGUCAAUUAAGUCCUUCAAUAGGAGGUUCUGUCCUGCCGUCGCGAUUUGGGGCAGUUCCCGGUGGAAUUUUUUAAUGAAUAUUUUUGAGCAUCUUAUUCACCAAGUCUAGUUUACGCAUACCAAAUUUCAGCUAAAAAUUCAAUCGGGAACACAUUCAAAUUAAUUCUUGAAGAUAACUGCGCAUUUUUGCGUUCUCGAAUUAAUUUGAAUGCGCUCCCGAUUUAAUUUUUAGCUAAAAUUUGGUAUGAGUAAACUAGACUUGAUGAAUAAGAUGCUCUAAAUAUUUCAUCAAAAAAUUCCACCGGGAACCGCCCCAAAUCGCGAUGACCGGACAUAGUCUCCUAUAGAAGGACUUAAUUGACUUUUUUAUGAAAGUUCGAGGACCUAUUUGACAGUUUUCCCUUUUGAAUAUGUUUAGUAUGUUAUUUGUUUAUACAUAUUUAAUAUGUUAUCUCAUUAAGAAGAUUUAGGAUACAAAUUCCUUUAUUUAGGUUGGAUAUUUAAUUUUGACUUCUAUAUGUUUCCGAUUUAAGUGAUUUGUUUUCUUACGAUUAGUAUGAUUGUAUUAUUAUAUUCAUUUAUUCAUCUAUUUAUAG